AUGUUGCGAACCAUUAUCACUGCAUUGGCUAUCUCCUCCACUGCCGUUAACGCAACUGCAAUUCACGCCCACCAAACGGUCGUGAACGGUCCAUGUACAGGAGCCAACGGUGUCAAGGGUGUGUGCGUCUCUACGGGCUCCUGUGCCAGCGACGGAGGGACGUAUAUCACGGGCGCCUGUCCCGGCACCCCUGACAACAUCAAGUGCUGCACCAAGCCUUCCUGUCAACGGGGUAGUCAGAGCGGAGCCUGUCGUUGGACCGACGAGUGUGCCGGGACGGUCCUGACAGGCCUUUGCCCUGGGCCAUCAACGUUCAGAUGUUGCCUAAGUGGGGAAGCUCCCCCAUCCGGACCUAAUCUUGGGGAGAAGGUUUUGCGGAAAGCUAAAGAGGCUGAAGGCAUACCAUACCAAUGGGGUGGAGGUAAUUGCAAAGGCCCUACCGGAGGAGGUUUCGACUGCUCAGGUCUGGUUUCAUGGGCUCUCUGCCAGGUCACUGGUCGAGAUUUGUUCGCCGAAGGCCUCAGAGUGACACGGGAGAUGUACUGCGCCAGUGAAGCGAAGCUGAAAUACAAAAAAGUAUCAUGGGCGCAGCGUCGUGCUGGCGAUGCUGUCUUCUUUGGAGGCUCCCCGAGUGACGAGAAUCGGUGCAACUGCAACACGGACAGACAGGGCAUUCACCAUGUUGGUCUGAUGAUGGACUCAGGUUGGACUAUGUGGAACGCCUUGAAGACUGGAACAAAGAUCCGAAAGGAUAACUUCAGAAACUGGGAUGAAGCACCGUGUCCGUAUGUGAUCAGAUUCUAA